UUUUCCCGUCCUCCAGCAGACAGUCGCAAGCGUGUCUGUUUUUUUUUAGAAGAGAAGGGUGUUAUGAUAGUAAACGUAUUGUUUUACCACUGAAUUUAUUUACUAACUCUCACUUUCACAAUUGGGAUGGUAAAUGGAAAACAGAGCAACUGAGAUGUCCAACAUCGUGCAGAAAUCGUUCACAUUCGAAGAAUACGAGGACCCAAAGCAGUCACUGAAUGUUUCCAUCCCUGAGGUCCUUGAUCCACAACAUGGGAUGCAUGUAUGGCCCUGUGCAGUGGUAUUAGCACAAUAUGUGUGGACACAUAGGGAAGAGCUGACGCACAAAACAGUGCUAGAGCUUGGGGCUGGCGUGAGUUUACCUGGUGUGGUGGCAGCAAAGUGUGGGGCACAAGUGAUCUUGUCAGACAGUGCAGAACUUCCACGUGUCUGGAGAACUGUAGGGACUGUGAAUGAUGAAGCUGCCCCAAGUGCCGAUUGGUCAUAGAGGCAUUUGCUCCAAAUGGAACUGAAGUGUCUCAACAUUCCAUGGAAGAAAUUCCAUGGCCACACAAGAUCAACUAGCUGGAUCACACUUCCUGGAAGCCAUACUUGUAAAAAUGAUUAUAACUGA